AUGGAGCGAGAGGCUGUGGCCAAAAAGCCUUCUAGGAUGAAGAGCGUGCGUCAGUGGUUAUCACUGCGAGUGACCCAAGAACGCACCAAGACCGAAGCACCUGCGGAGCUCCUGCCGAAUCAUGAACCAAGCUCGCAAUUAGAGGUGGAUGAAGGGGCGGCAAGAGCAACACCUCCUGAGACUGCGAGCAAUAAGAAUGCAGCCGCCAGUACUGAAACUGGCAAAAAAGAUUGCAAGGACAGUAAGGAUGACGGCGAUGAGCGAGGGUCGACUACUGUUGCGCAGCUCGACAAUACUGGAGCAAAGGGCGAGAGCGAGAGCGAGAGCGAGAAAAAAAGACCUGAAGACGACAAGGACGACGACGAUGCUGUCGACAAGUCAGCACGGGACUUCUGGAAAGAAGCAUGGGAGUCGGACGAGCUGGGAGAGGCGAAAAGGGCCCUUUUGCAAGGCAGGUCGGGGGUCGGCAAGUCGAAGGACCAGAAACCUUCGCGGGCCAAUUCGAUCGAGCUCGUCGGGCUCGUCAUCGAAAAUACCGAGGCCAAGAUGGUUAACUACAAGGCGCGCUGGGGAUCUGACAACGGUGAAACCUCUCUUAGGAAUGCGAAGUCUAUAUUGUUCUCGGCCUUAACCUUCAAGGACUUGCUCAAUAAUGUCGUCAAUUUGAUCCGACAGGCUAUUGUUCAGCGGCAUGGGCUGUCGUCCUGCCUGCAGUUGGCCCUCCAUGACAAGGAACUGGCGGACUCUACAUUCAAAGCCUGCAGCUACCUGAGCCACUCGAUGGCUCUGUAUUCUCGAACGGAGUCAAACUACCGCGAGCGAAAAGCCAAGCAAGAGAAGCAACUCGAGGAUGCCCUGGUCAGGGUAUAUACGGCUAUUCUUGUGUAUGCAGCUGAGGUGCAAGAGUCAAGCAAUGGUAGAACUCGGACCCGGGUCAAAAAGUUCAUCCUCAGCUUGGCUGGACAGCCACUCCGCGAUCUGGAGACGAAGAUCAACGAAGAGAAAUCCGCAUUAGAGGAUUGGCAGAACCAGGUUUCGAGAGAACUUGCGGACGAAGCUCGUGAGGAGAUUAUGGAAAUCAGAACAAACACGGAAGUGAUAUUGAAGAGAGUCGAUGGUCUGGCCAAGACCGCUUCAGAUACAUACGCCAAAGCUACUGCUGCAGAGCUGGAACGGUUAUGCGAGUGGCUGCUGAAGCGCGAUGGAGGGCGCCAGGAUAAGAUUCGCACGAGCUUAGCAACCGAAAGAGCGUGGUGGCUGAACUCUGGAAACAGCCACUGGAGGCCUGGGGGUGAUGGGGACAAGAAAGGCAAAAAAAUACCACACGGCCAGCGACACCGCGACAGACGAAAGUGGUGA